GUUGCUGGAAAUUUGUCGUAGCUUUUCAGCAGCAGCAGCAGGAGCACCGUUCUAUUCGUAUCUUCACAUCUCGAGAAGUAAAAAUAAUUUUAGUUCUCGAGAUGUGAUCAUAUUCAUAUCCUCGAGUCAUUUCCUCGUUGAAACAAGCACAAUAUUUCAAUUUUUAAAAAGACACGACAAUAAAAUUCGUGCGUGUGUUGAACCUAGCGGAAAAUAAGCUGCAAGAGGGCAUUCGCAUUGUACUAUCCCCUUCUGGCAGUUAUUUCAACAAACAUGGCCGACGGCCCGCCGGCAGCCGGGCGUACGGCAAGCCGCAUGGACCUGCCCAUGCCUGAGCCUUCCGGGGCAGCAGUGGAGACGAGAAAACCUUCGAACAAAGCCGUGUCAGACCGGAUGCUGACGCCAGCGGAGGUGGGAAAGUCGAGCUCGUCAACAAAAAGGGAGCCGCCCAUCGACAUACAGAAAUUACAAAGCAACAACGCGGCAACCUGGGGCGACUCGAUGCGGUAAGAAUUAAUCUUUUGAUGUUUGUCAUGCGUGAAAGACAGGACGGCAUGGCAUACAUUUUUCAUGCGUGCUGCUGUUGAUGCAGUCCCUUGAAGUUGUGCUUGUGGAAGAUGUUGCUUAGAAGUACCACUGUCGAAAUCAAAACCAUCCAGGCAAUACGAGUACGGCAAGCGGCAUGUGAUACACCCGGACACUAUCCAGGAAAAAACACCCAUCCCCAUCCGAUUUGUCAUGCAAAACAGCCAUAAAAUCCGCUAUUUGUCAUGCAAAAAAUUGAUGGGGAUGGGUGUCUUUUCCUGGAUAGACACGCUGAAGGGGCCGGAAAUCAAUAUCAGGCUGGGCAUGAUGAAGGAACAGGAGCGAGUUUACGACCCAUUACUACAGAAAUUCAGGGACAAUGACAAGGUAUAAGUAGGGAUUUUUGCAUCACAAACUUUUGAAAACAACAUUGAUCACCAGGAUCUAUCAUGCACAACCACGCAUUUCUACUAGAAUGAAAAAGCAGGCGGACAAUUCAUGACUUUAUCAAGGAAAAACCGCUAUCACAGGAAAAGGGCCAGCGAGUAAUAGAAGAGCGGUGUCGGGUCCAGCAUCUAAAUCGAGCAAAGGAUAUCCAGCUACUACGGGAGAACAAGUACUAAAGAUGAACUUGUGAUGCACAACGCGCAUGAGGAAUGAUUGUGGUGCGCCAGCAUGGUAAUUGUCAGGUCGACUUGUGAUGCACAAUGCGCCUGACAGAUCUUACUCCUGAUGCUCGGACCACAAAAAAAAACUCGUCUCAGCUUCGACAUCAUCAAUAACGCCUCAAAACUCUCGGGUCUGGGCGAAGACAUAGCAGACAAGAGCCUGAAACCAAGCAAAGUGGGGAAACGGAAAUUUCCUGACUCGUAUAAAUUUUACAUUUUUUUUGGAAAUCUAAUCAGUUCGCUGUGCCAAAAAAAUCAAUGUUACUUCUCUUCUAGUACAAUUACAUAUAGAUAUAAGUAUAACUAAGUACAACAAACUCGCCUGUUUUGGUCCUCCACAACACCCUUGAAGAUCUUGUUAAGGUGCAACGAACAACAGCAUGUCCAUUUCGGAUUCUCGCGCUCGCGCAGGAUCAUGAAGAAAUAACGGCUUGGUCAUGCCACGACACGGAUACAACUACUCAGGAUACCAAAUUCAAAUCUCAAGGUUCUACGACUACAAUAUCAUGUCAAACCUUCCGGUCUCGAUUAUGGCGUUCUCAACUGUUACAUUCUCAACUGUUACACGGAUUUGUCAUGCAAAAUUGCCACUACCCUCCACUUGAUCAAGGUGCUUAGCAUGACAAAUUUUCGAAGGGCUCAACAGCAUGAUACUCUGUGGAAAAUCUGUGAUGCGAAAGCUGCAACGUUGCCACUUUCACUGUUGCUGUUCUUGCAUUACAAAUCCAUGUAACAGUUGAGAAUGUAACGUUUGAGAACGCCAUAUCGAUCCACCAUCCCGACCGGCCCGAAGCCCGGCCUUUACCCGCCCAGAAGCUACCGAAGCAGCGGAUGGUGCCAACUUUUCUCCAGAAAGACUUCAAUGUGGUGACCAACCGGUAUCUAGCAAGCCACUAUGCAAUGCAAAAGCAUCGUACUAGUAUAAAUUGCAUGACAAGUUUUUUCAAGAGAAAAAAUGCAAUUUGUAAUGCUGGUUUACCUUACUUGGUGGAUUUGUCAUGCAAGACGGCGACUAGUACGGGUACGAUACUUUUGUACAGGAUAGCCACUCGGAGAAGACGAAGCGGGAUUACGAGUUGAACUUGUUAUGAGAGUGCACAACUCGAACUCCCCCUCCCCCUCUUCAUUUGUAAUGCAAAAUUCCAAAGUCACUACACCUUGCUCGUAAGCACUGUUAGCAUUACAAAUUUUGGAACCUCAAAUAGUAAGUACUACAAUCCGCAUGCAGAUUUGUCAUGCGAAGACCCCUUUUCUGCUGUUGCUUGUGUUGCUGUUCAUGCCAUUAUACAAAUGCAGGAGAGGGUGAGUUGUGCACUCGCAUACUUGUUGGAAGCGACCGCGAAGCACCGAACCAGGAACCGCAUGAACCCUCUGACGCAACAGUAUUAAGUCGUCUUUUUGUGUAGAUUUUGCAUUUGCUAUGCACUUGAUUUGGCAUGCGCAUGAGAACCACGGAUCUGUCAUGCAUAUAACACACUACAAAAAAGGUUUCUCGACCCGGCGGAAGAGGAGCGCAUUGCGCAAUUUCAGGAGGCCCACGAGGUGGAACAGGUCCACCGAGCGCUUAUCAAGUGUAAAAGUGUCUGGGUCUGGAAGAGUGUAUGUUUGUCAUGCUUGUCUGGCAUGACUCUCAAAGCUGUCAUGCACGUUACCCAAGAGCGCCACUUUUCUGUCAUGCAGAAACGCAGUUUGUCAUGCAGAAUAGGCAACACCUUAAAGCUCAGAAACUUGCCUUGCUGAGACAGCACUUGUGGCCUCCUCAUGAUACGCCACCCAGCAUCACAAGUUUCCAGACCCAGACACUUUUACAUUUGAUAGCGCUUGCGCAGGUGCCACCCACGAUAAAGAACCGGCCGAGCGCUUUCUACAGCGUGAUUAAUCCGUAUCCAUAGUAAAAAAUUUGCCGCACAUUUUUCAAUGGCACUUCUGCAUGAUACGAGUUUUGUUCUACCAAACUCAGCAUGACAAACGAUUGCUACUUUCAUCAUGUGGUCGAAAUUUGUGAUGCAGUUUGUGCGUCAGCGUCGUGUGCGGUAGAUUUGUAUUGCAUAGUCCGGAUGAGGUGCACAAUGUGGACAUGGUGAAGUGGUUAGAUUUGGCGGAAGACGAAACGAAGGAGCGGUACAAAAACCGCCUAUCCUGUGCAACAGUAUCGUACUCGUACUGAUCGCAGUCAAGCAAGACAAAUUUCUUCUUCAAGCUAAAUCAGCAUGAGAAAUUCCAUUUGUCAUGCCGAGCUAAUUUGUAUUGCAAAAUACUACGAGGAGUGCGAUACUUCUGCAAUGCAUACCGCUAUAUCGACUACCAUAACAAGCACGUGCAGGACAUCAGGCACGACCAGAUUACGGAGGAGAGGAGGAUGAAUAAGGUCGCGAUCGACAGAUUCAAAGAGCCAGUGAAGCGCGGAUUCGACAUUGUCACGAACGAGGUACUUAAGUAGACGAAUGUGUUUUUUGUUUGUCUUCUGUUUGUCAUGCAAAUGUUAGAACACUUUGUCAGUUUGCCAUACGCAACAAACAUGACAAUCGAUCUAUUAAAACUGAAUCAUUCCUAUCAGCACCACAAGGGCCGGAACGCAAAGCCACUGUAUCUCCCCUACUCGCACGAGCCCCUAUCAAAUGCAAAAGUGUCUGGGUCUGGAAGGUUGGAACUUGUGACGCUGCAUUUGGAUGUCAAAAAAAUUUGUGUUGCAUGAGCAGCAAAAGGAAUCUAAUUUUUGCUACGCGGAGAGGACAUUUGUCAUGCGGAAUAGGCGUCACGAAUCCCUCAAAAAACCUGUGAUGCUAGGGCAUGCAUCACGGACAUCAUGGCUCAUGCAAACCGUGCAUGACAAGUCUCAGAAUCUUCCAGACCCAGACACUUUUGCAUUUGAUAGCCCCCGGGUCCGUGGCAAAGGUCGAAGAUUGGAACGAUAGACACAAUAUGAAUUGCAAAAGCAUCGUACUAGUGUAAAUUGCAAUACAAAUUAGCUCAGCAUGACAAAGGUUAAGGUAAUUUGUAAUGCUGUUUUGCCUUGGGAUGGAUACUUAUUCAUAUUUGUAAUGCUGCAUGACUGCGAUCCUUAGAUUACUACGAAGGCGAUACUUUUGCACAGGAUACACAAGGGUAGUCGAAGUAGCUCCGGCGCACGUCGCGGAAAGUAGUCAGGGUAAAGUUUUGAGUUUGAUGUUCUCGGAAUCUAGGAUGGUGGUAGUUCAAGUUUCAUCAAGUUUUGACCAACAUCUCUUCUCCCCCUCCUGAAGUAGACUUAGCCAUUAUGUUGGAUGUUUCAUCUUCAUGCUCCUUUAUUCUCGCUACAAUAAAUCCCAACUUUCAACUUGAAUCCUGGUAUCUAGGUGCGACAGCCUCCGCAGAAUUUGUCCCCGCGGCGCAGCAAGACUACCAGCCCUCGCCAGCACCCGCUGCACAGCAAGAAACCGCAGGGCAACAACCCACACUACAGUCAAGUUCUUACCCGUAUGGUGUUCUCAAACGUUACCUUCUCAACAGUUACGUACACGAAUUUCUAAUGCAAGAGUAGCAAAAGUCAAAGGGGGAAGGCUGCACCUGUAGCAUUACAAACUCCGCACAGAUUAUUCGUUGCUGUUUAGCCCUUUGGAAAUUUGUCAUGCGAAGCAGCUAGAUCGUGUGGAUAGUGAUGCUAGUUUUGCAUGACAAAUCAUGUACCAGUUGAGAAUGUAACGCUUGAGAGCCCCAUAACCCGCCAAAACGCACGGUGGUCGUGCAGUCGUCGAGAAGUAGUGCCGCAUCAUCGGCUAUGCAGUGCAAAAGUAACGUACUCGACGUAUUAAUUGCAUUUAUGCAUUACAAAUCUUUUUUUUUUAGGCAAAUCCGCAUUACAGAUUUAAUUUGUAAUGCGAAGUCAAUUUGUAAUGCAAUUUAUACGAGUUGUGCGAUACUUUUGCAAUGCAUAUCGGCCCGAAACAAACAACCCGACAUGAUUUCCGCACGGAGUAUAUCACAGCAAAAAGUGUUAACGUUAACGGAAUUUGUUAUGCAGCAAUGCAUCGCAAAACAUUCUAAAAUUUGUAAUGCAUAGCAUGCAUAUUGAGCUACAUUUGUGAUGCAUGGCUGCAAUCUGUAUAAAACUGUUAACGUUAACACUUUUUCUUGUGAUAGAGUAGCGCCAGGAGCAGCGCUACUUCCGGAGCAGGGCGGGGGUAUCUAGCAGCGGCCGCUGGUGGUCAUCAACCAGGAGCUAACGGUCAACAUCAGAAGAGCAUACAGCCGGCGAAUCAACCCCACGCCGUGCAGCAUAACCACAAAACCGUGAUCCAAAAAAUGGGCAUCCAACCCCUGAACAUGACGAAAGUGCAGAUGGGAAGCGGUGGUCCGGCGCCGUAUGGAUGUGUCAGGAUUGAAAUCGUCAAAGUUGAAAUGAUUUGUCAUGCAUAAAAUGCGAUACAAAAAGUGACUCUACUGCAGAGGACGCACGGGAGGCAGAUUAUAGUCCUGGCAAGGGUCAAAAGUUGGACUGCUGACUAGCAUGCCAGAAGACAGCUCUUUUACCCUAAACCGCAUCACAGACUCGCUUCCAGGACCGGGAAGAUUUGUCAUGCACCGACUACAAACUGUAGGUCUAACUGGUAUCCGUUUUAUGCAUGGCAAACUAUUUCAACUUUGACGAUUUCAAACCUGACACAUCCAUACGCCGCCAGGAGGGAUUAUGCCGAAGAUGAAUGUGAGCAUGGCCGCGAAAAGCAGUCCGUAUCAAAAUGAAAAAUCCCCCCACCCCAUACUCAAACUAGAAAUUUGUGAUGCAGAUUUGUGGCCACAAAUCAGGUUUGUCAUGCUAGAAGGGAAAGGAUGCGGACUGUAGUGGUGGUUGGCGUGGGAAAGACUUGCAUCUUCAGCAUGACAGGGGGCAGCUGGAAGUGGGAAACAGCAUGACAAAUUGCCUGCAAACGAGGCCACAGCUGCGUCUCUUGGCCUUCUAGCAUUACAAGUCGACUUGUGUACUCAAAUACAGCAUCACAAAUUUCGUUUUCGAUAUGGGGAGGGGGGAUUUUUCCUUUUGAUAGUCCGCCGCCGAUGCCUAUGGGAGGCACUAGUAUGGGCAGCGGACACCACGCGACAUCGGUACCGGUGUAGGGAAGGUGGUGUGCUGUCGUGCUUGGGACAAAACGUAGCAAAAAUUAAUGGAAGGAGAACAAGAAGUUCACUAUCACCGAGAAUACAGAACUCUAUUAUUCCUAUUCGAUUGUCAAUAUCAUCAAACUAAUUCAACAAGUAAAACGAGAAGAGAACUUUACAACGAUUUUAUACUGAAAUAGCAAACGAGCUACACAAACACGAUAAUUUUAAUUUCUACACCGCAUUAUAUAGUGCGAUGCGUUUUCGUGGAAGUCGUGUAGCGUUGCAGGCACUUAUUUUCAAGAUUUCAAUACCAAAAGGCUUCGUCGGUUCAUCAAGAGCUUGAGUUUAUUUUUAGCGAUUAACAAAAGUCGGCGGGCAGCAGGGCCAUGGGACGUCGCUACAGCCCAAAAUUAGUUUGGUCGCACCUGCCACUGCCCGAGAGGCGGGUAGUAUUGAAAGACUCGACGACGAACUACUAUCAAUGUCUAUAUAUGUCACCCAAAUUAAACCUUCAAAGUGAAUCUUAUCCAAACAAGUUCAAGAUCAAGAACAACAAGUACUAAUUACGGUACGAAUCUGAAUGAAAUUGAAACUCUAUUCACAAAAAGCGCAGUGGAGAAGUUGAAGACCCGCACCAGCUUCAAGAACGUAUCAGUUUUUAGUUGCGUUAGAACUACUUCUCGCACUUGUGUAAAAUCGAUCGUGGUAUCUAUCUGUCUUUGGAAUCUGAGAUGCGGAUGAAGAUGGCGAGUCGAGGAAGCGGGGAACGAAAAAGUUGGUAGAACAAGGGAUAGGCGUCUACUUCAUCAAGACAGUGUCAAUGACAAUACCAGGCAAUAUUAAUGCAACUGUAAGCUAGAGCGGGGUAACAAAUUCGGACGAGUUGUGGCCGUCCCACUUCUCACCCGCCCGGCCGGGUGGGUGACUAGUGGGACGGAACCAGGACCCUGACCACGAGAACGGCGAAAAGCAAGAUUCGGCCAGGUGGUCAGGCUCCUGGUUCCGUCCCACUAGUCACCCACCCGGCCGGGCGGGUGAAAAGUGGGACGGCCACAACUCGGCAGAAUUUGUUACCCCGCUCCGUAUUUUUCGAAAGAACUUGCUCAAAC